AUGUUUUUUCCAACCGCAAUUCUACUGCUCGCUGUCUGCCUGUCGGCGGAGGUUAUCGAGUUGUGGAACUACCGCGCAAGCGGUGCCCAAACCUGGCGGCGGCAAGCUGAACGCGACUUCAAUACGCAAAACUUUCACUCCGAGCUCUACUUCUACAAGUUCCAUCCCACGUUCGGGAUCAGCCAUCGAUUCCCGGGCCCUACCAAUCGGACCGGCCCGCAUAUCAUCACCAUGUCCGGGACGAUGGGACCCUGUAAUUGUUGGAGGGUAAGUGCAGCAGAUGCUCUGUACUACUAUAAAGUGCGUAGACUGUUUGCCGUGACGACGAUCGCCAAAAAGUCUUGACAUGUUUUCGCACCGUGCAGGCGCAUGAAUUCGGCGUUGCGACGAGUUGUCGCGCGAUAAAAACUUGGCGGGGUGCGAAAAAAGAGAGCACUGUGCGUUUUUUACCCUUUUCACAAGGAACGUACUUCUAUGGGGUACGGAGUUACAGGUCGAGACAUAUAUCAAAAAAAAAUCGCAAGAAUUUUCUGAUUCAGAAUAUGUAAAAGUUCGCUCAUUAAUUUUGGUUUGUAAGGGUGAAAAAAUCCUCUUAAGUUUUCUCGCAACACCAAGUAAAUGCCUUUUUGACCAAUUUUUACCGAAUCAAAAGCUUUGCUUUGAGCUAGAAUAAACCCUGGCAUCUUGACAAGCCUUAAAAUAUCAAAUUUGAUUAAUAUUAAACCUUAAUUAUUAGUUCCAAUAUAAAAAAGGGGCACUUGUGUGGUAUUGCGAGAAAAAGUUCAGAGGAUUCUUUUCACCCUUACAAACCAAAAUUAGGCAGCUAACUUUUACAUAUUCUGAAUCAGAAAAUUUUUGCGAUUUUGUUUGCUAUAUGUCUCGACUUGUAACUCCACACCCUAUAGAAGUAAUCUCCUUGUGAAACGGGUAAAAAACGCACAGUGCGCCCUUUUUUCGCACCACGCCAAGUUUUUAUCGCGCGACAACUCGUCGCAACACCGAAUUCAUGCGCCCAACAUGUCAAGACUUUUUGGCGCCGUGAAUUUCAAUUAUCGCAGCGCGACAAGUCUUUCGCGCGACGGCGAACUGUACAGACAUGGGAAAAUGUCAGAAUUUUUUUUCAAAAAAUGGACCUCUGCACAUGAACCCCUAUUUGUCGGCAUCGUAUUGAUUUCAGACCGUACAUCAUUGCCCUGUCCCUCCUAGCAGAACGAACCGCCUUUUCACAGUGGAUAUUGUCUACAACAGCACCACGGUGUGGGCCAGAAGCGGUAAUCCGCGCGUCGUUCGCUACACCAAGAUAAAGGUCGAUGGAACUUGGGGACAGACGAAUUCGAGCAUCGCACCUGCUCUCUGA